CAAGACCCUCGGAGCCAGCGGGCCAACACAGUGGUGUCAAAGCCAGUUCGGUGAGGAUAGGUCGGUCGGCGUGGAGAGGGGCUCGUUUUCAUUGGCUUCCCCUCCCCUUUUCCUCUUCUCUUUGGGACCACUCUCUUUCGCCCGUUCACCUUCAGUGGCGAUCAUUUCCUUUCAGCUGAGAAAUUCUAACACACCGGAACUUAUUCGAGUGCUAUUACUGAGCUAAAGUGAAUUUGGCAAAUGGAAGCUACGUUGUUAUGAAAUCAGUCACGUCAUACCUCAGUCGAUUUCGAAAAACUGUUCAAAAGCCUCUUCUUCAUUAGUGUAUUGCUGCCAGAGCUUCGCGUACUUGUAUAACCAAAGAUGUCUGGAAGCGGUGUUUGGUUGGGAUUCUUCCUCGUCUCUUGUGCGUUGGCCGUCGACGUGAGCACUUUGCUUCAAGGGGACGAUCCGGCGCUGCGCCAAAAGAACACAUGCGCCAUGACCCAAGUCCUGCAAGCCAUGAACGAGCUUCUGACGUCACUGAGUGCCGAAGUGAGGGACAUCAGAAGGCAGGUGCAGACUUCUUGCAGAGGUCACGGCGGCGAUGCCAGAGGGGGACGAAAGCCACCGAACCCGCAGAGGAAACCGGAGGUUAAGAAAAAGACUGAAGAGGACGACAUUUUUGAGACUUUCGGAAAGGCACCAGAAGAAGAAAAAGAGGUUACAGACUCACCAGGCUUUGAUUAUGAAGAUUAUGACUAUGGAGGGGGUGUUGAUGGUGACGAUUCUCCAGCCAACGAUUUGAUAAAUGAUUUAUCUAGCUGGUGGGAUUCUAUCGUACCAUUUGCAAAGCCAACGGAGGCAACAACAACCACAACAGAAGCCCCAACACCACCCCCACUUCCAGAUUAUUAUUAUGGUCAUGGUGAUACCGAUGACAGCAGAAGAGAUGAAGUGGAGGGACACAGAACAAGUUUUCCUACAGGUGAUGGCACAGGUUACCCAACAGAUGAUGGCACAGGUUUCCCAACAGACGAUGGCACAGGUUUCCCAACAGAUGAUGGCACAGGUUUCCCAACAGAUGAUGGCACAAGGUUCCCAACAGAUGAUGGCACAGGUUUCCCAACAGAUUAUGACACAAGGUUCCCAACAGAUGAUGACUCAAGCUUCCUAACACCAGACUUUGCGAAUUUUUAUCCACCAACUACAACUUCACAGUCUCCAGUUUAUCCUCCUCUUCCUCCUGAGCCAACUACCUGCCCUACACCUUUCCAUAAUCAGGCAGGGGGAUGCUUCUUGGUUUUCCAUGAUCAAAGAGACUGGCGGUCAUGGGGUGAGGCUCAUGCCUUUUGUCAAAACUAUGGUGGUACACUGGCUGCUCCAUACAGACUCCGCGAAUUACAAACAUUCCUUUCACGUUAUUACUCUGAUGCUUUCUGGGUUGGAGCAAAAUUUGAUGUGCCAAGCAGAAGGUGGAAAUGGUUAAAUGGCAGGGAAGUGGAGCGCAGCACCUGGAAGCAAGGGCAGCCAAGCAGGAAUCAAAAUAUGAAGUGCAUCUUCUUGGAUAAAUGGUCAGGAUACAGAGCCACUAAUUUCUUCUGUGGAGAAAAGUAUCCCUUCAUUUGUGACUACAGACAACCAGAAAAUCAAUAAACAAAAUAAUAGUUUGAGUGAAUAACCAAACAUCAACACAAAAUCAUGAGACUAAUUAUAAAUAAGUAUAUUGUGAACCAAUAUUGUAAGGACUUGGUUUAAAAGCAGAUAUUUCCUUAGGAACACCAAAAAGGUUUAAGAUGAGAAAAACUAUCCACUACUAUAGAUUGAUGCCACUACAAUGCUGUUUUAAGUGUAGAUGUAAGUUAAGUAGUGAAGAUGGAUUUUUCAGAUUCUGUCACACUUGUGUAAAAUGUUACAAGAAUCUUACUGAGAGUAUUGUUUCAAUAGCAGCAGGUAUGUAGCAACAAUUAACAUAAAGCUAUAAAAAAUCCUAAUAUUUGUUGUAUUUUAACGUUGCUGACUUAAUACUGCAUACAUAAUUUGGUUGUCAGUACUGUAGUGAUCUAAAUUUAAUUUCUUUUACUGGUAGUAUAAAAAUAAGAAUACACUCCACCCUAGUUUAGCAACAUUUCAAACACUUAUGUUGUCAGAACUUGGUACUCUUAAAAAAAAAAAUUUUUUAGGAAGUAAGCUAUAGAUUAAGCUCUGAAGUGUUUUUAAGAAUUAUUUUUGUAGAUACACUAUACUGUAGGCUGCAUUAGGCAAAUACAUAAUUUUACUGAAAGAACUGAAGCAUUUUCUUUCUUAUGCUAGUGAAUGCACAAAAAAUCAAGGAAGAUGAGAAGCUCUAAAAGGAGUUGGCAGAUGUGUAAGCUAUAGCUUUAACAACAAGGGCUCUUCAUCGACCUCUCAUUAGAUUACACAGUGACAAUACUAUUCUUCAAUGGCAGAGAGUUAACUUUUAUAAUUGAAUUCAUUUCAGUAAUCUGAGGAAAUCAUUUUUCUAGGAGAUUUAUAUGCCAAAUUUUCCUCACUGUUCCAUGGCACAAAGUAUGUAUAGUACUACUACCCCUCACACUGCAAAGCAUAAUUCAUUAUCAGCAAGACAUUACAUAUAUUGAUGAAGGAGACGUCCGUUUCAAAAUAUGAAUACUUUACAUAGAGAUUAUUCAUUUGUAAUUAAAAACUGCUGCAGUUUUCAAGGGGCAACUAAUAACAUGUAUUAAUUAUCUUUAUUUAAAAAUUCUCCAUGAAGAAACAUCAGAAUAAUAUGUCAGUUUAACAGCAACAUUAAACAUUAGUGUAUUAUGGUAAACAUUCAAAAUUGUAAUAAUUCACUAUGGUUUCCAAACAACUGAAGGACAAAGUGUUUAAAUGGUCCUUCACACAAAACAAAAAUUAUAUAAUCAUGCUGGCAUUUCUCAAUUAAACAUGGUUCCUUAUCAUAUCUGAAAUACUGCAUAAGGAAAGUAACUAACAGCAAACUAAAUGCACACCUGUAUAUGCAAAUACAAGUAUUGUAAAAAUUACAACCUAACAACACUACAUACUAAUACUACUUACAUGGCCUAUCUUACAAAAUAAAUGUCAACGACAUUCAAGUCUCAGCCCGAAAGCACCAUUCCUGUUGGUUUGAGAUACAAAAGUAACACUUAACAGAGAUAUAGGUUUAACUUGUUUUGUUUUAUAAACUUCAACCCUCAAAUUACAAACAAGAAUUACCACACAUUAUUUUAAAGGACACUGCCAGUUUCAUGUCAUAUGAUCUUAACUUGAUGGCUACACAUUCAUGACAACAGAGCAUUCAGAUGAAAGACUUGCAAGUCAACUAACAAUGAAAACAUAAUUUGUAAAAUUAACACGUUAUUCUAUAAAGAAAGAACCAGCAAGAGGCACUUGAAAGUAGCUAGGUAGGUAAUUUUCUUAAUUAUCUUCUUUUUUUUUAUGGAUAAUCAUGACAGAAGUCAUUUACCAGGGGGUCCAAAUAAUUAUGGGAGAAUCCAAAGUGAAUAAAAGUUAUUUCAGUGCAACAAAAAUUUACCCACUGUUUAUCUCCAAGGCACUGAAGCUUCAAAUAAUACUUAAGUCAUACCAACACUAGAAAACUCUCGAGCUAUCUCCUCAGCCAUACUGAAGAAAAGGUAGGUAAGAUUAUCAGAAAAAGAAAAAUAAUAUGAAAUGUAAGCAAAUAUAAACUUGGUAAACAACAGGUUGCUCCAAGCUACUUAGCAUUGUUUUAUUCACUUAAUAUUCCAUAGUUUUGUGUUUUUUAAACACACUCUCUCAUUUAUACCCAUGAUUUUUAACAUAAACAGGCUUUCAACUUUAAAUUGUUUAUUAACAUUUGGUAUUGGAUUUUUUCAGGCAUUGUAAUGUCAAUUGCUGCUUUUUUGCAAGAGCAUAUCUUUCCAUUUCCAAACUCCAUACAGUAACUGAUUUUCCUAAGUUCACUGCAUAUUUUCUAUGGGGCAAAAGUGUCACCACACUAAAUGACAGAAAGAUAACCACAAAGUAGAACUGAUUCUAGUUAACUCAUAAUCAAACUAUCCAACUGUUAAGCAAAUUAACUGAAAUGGAAUCUAAAUCCCAUCCUGUCACAAUACCAUAUCUGAAAUUAAGAGCACACACAUUAAGCUUAACAAACAGUUAAAGAAGAAAGCAAAAUCUAGCAAACUGCAAGACGUAGCUAUCAAAAACCUCUGUAAAUGAAAUCAUUACCUCUUCUUUAUUUAACAAUUAAAAUAAACAUGGAACUAUAGUAACUAAAGAGUUCUAAGAUUAUGACAAUAUGGAAAAUCACAGAUCCAAAGUAAAGCCUACUCUAUUGGAUAUCAUACAAAAUUCAAUGGAAAUCUAAUUUAUUUAUCAGAAUGUCAUACCACUAUCAAUCUCUCUUUAGCGCACCUAGGAAACAAACACACAUACAAAACUAUCUAAACUUGAUAAACACCCCCCAAAAACUGUAUUAGUUGUUAUCACAAGGAUUAAACAUAAUACAUAUAAGGAUAUUCCAUUGUAGCUACAGUAGUUGCAUUAUUCAAAUCCUGUUAGAUGAGAUGAUGAUUCUUCAUAAAACACAUACUGUAUUUUUUUGUAAGAAAAAUGUUCCAGUAAAUAUCAUUCACUUAAAUGACCCCACAUUUGUGGCCUAAUAUAAUUCUAGAUCCUCCAUUUAUGAUUCAAAAGAAAAUCCUCUGCUGGAUGGAUACCAGCACAACUCAUCUGCCCUCAGGGAUUAUGAAUUCCAGGCAGGCAAGAACCUCAUUUAUCUUUGUCAUGGAAAUAACAAAGGAUCAUCUGGGUCAUGCUAACAAAAGAAUAGUAUUAAAAUCAUUUGGAAAACAUUUUGCUUGGAAUACAAAGGCUGUUUUUUCAGGUAAAAUAUCCUAUGGGAAAUGCUGAGUAUGUAAAAAAUAUCCCAACCAGUCACAGGCAGAGCCUAAAUUUGGGCAAGUUUUUCCUUACAAUUCCUAUUUUGCUGCUCACAAGAAUACAAAGAGAUGAUAUGGGAACAAUGGUUUUCUUAUAUUAAAGAGUACGUAGAUUUAAAUAUUGAAAUAACAAAAAUAUAAAAUUAGCUGUCAAAGAAUGCAUGGAUUGUUGUCAACAAGCUAGAUGUGUCUACCUCCCUUAAACACAAUCCAAGGGAGUGCAUAUGAGGUGUUACUUUGCAGCCAGCAGCGAAUUUCUUCUUUUAGACUGGGAUUGGGGUGUCUAGGAUUUGUGAAGCCCACAAAUUUGGGCUAUUGUUAAAGAGUUAUACAUACCGAUAUUACCUACUAAAACAUCAAAAUCAAUAAUCUACUGAUUAUUUACUAAACUAUAAAAUAUAUUUUAAAUCAAUAUACAGUCAAAAACAAUAGCUCACAAAGGGCUGGUAUUAAUGGUUUAUUAAGAAGGUACUAAUUAGAUUUUUUAUCUAAUAAAUUAACAUUUUGUAAGAACAAAGAUUGAAUUGAUGGAAAAUGUUUAAGAUUCUAAUAAAGUCUCUUCAGGG